AUGUCUGAUCCAUCCAUGGGUACUGCUGAUGGCAGUGUCGCCAUCAAGCGCAAGCGUGACAGCACUGAUGAAACUGGCCCCGAUGCCCAGCGACUCAACCGAUCCUCGAAUGGAAGCAACGGGAGCCUCCCACCCACGGACAAUCAGCCCAACUUCACGCACAGUUCGCUGGGAUCCUAUGAUGCACAUGGCCUCCCAUCCACAGAGCUGAACAUCGACCAGCAGAUUCUCCAGCACGUCGGUCCGCAGAAUGGUAUCUCGGACGACAACGCCUUGACGGCUAAAGCUGCGCUUGCUGCGCACACUCCUCAGAACAAAUACCCACCUCCCCCCGAUAACACCUUCGACAACAACCUUGCGCACGGCUUGACCUUUGGAGACGACAUCAGCCAGGCUAUUGGAUCCGCUCAUGGUCACAACUCCACUGCUGCUGCGGUGUAUGCUGCGCGUGAGGCACAGAGUAUGAACCAGAAGCCUUCUGUUGGCUCCCCGGAGUGGCACCAGAUUCGCAAGAACAACCACAAAGAAGUGGAGCGUCGUCGUCGUGAAGCCAUCAAUGAGGGUAUCAACCAGAUUGCUCGCCUCGUACCCAAUUGCGACAAGAACAAGGGUGCCAUUUUGCAGCGCGCGAUUGAGUACAUUUGCCAGCUGCACGAGGAAAAGAAGGCAAUGAGUGAGCGCUGGGAACAGAACAACAUGACCACGAGUCAUGCCAUCAGCGAAAUCAGCUCUCAGAACUCGAAACUGAAGGUUGAGGUCAACCGCCGUGGUGACAUUGCUGUGAAAUGGUUGCAACGUUGCCGCGAUGCGGGUCUUGAGUUCGAUGACUAUGAAGAAGCAAAGGAGCUGGAGCCCCUUGAGGUGGAUCCCGGCCAAGUCUAG